AUGGCCACCUUGCAGAGGUCUUCAAGGUCCUUCAGAAGGGAAGGCUCAUCAGGUCUGGUGUGGGAUGACAAGCUGUUGUUGGAGAACAUGAGCCAGACUCCACAGAUGAGGAUGGAGCUGCGCCACUGCCAAAGCACCUGCAGCCAUGGAGCCCUAGCCCCAAUGGACCAGCUCGAGCUCCGCCGCGGCGGCGGCUCGCCUUCGAACUUCCCGCGCAGUCUGUCGACGCCAGUCGCGGAUUCCCGGUCCCCGAAGGCGACGGUCGGGCUUGGAUUCCCACGCGCGAAUGGGAAGCCUCCGAUCCAUAAGAAAUUCAAGUUCAAGAAUAAGACCUGA